GCUUGACUGACAAGGGGCAGGCUGGAGGCGGGUAGCGGCCAAGAUGGCGUCGGAGGGUGAUCUAGGGAGGAAGUGGGACCGCUGUUUGGCUGACUCCGCCGUCAAGCUGGGUGCUGGGUUCGGGUUAGGCGUCGUCUUCUCCGUCAUCUUCUUCAAAAGGAAGACCUGGCCCGUCGUUUUUGGCUCAGGGAUGGGAUUAGGCAUGGCGUAUUCCAACUGCCAGCACGAUUUCCAGUCUCCUUACCUUCUCCAUGGGAGAUUCGUCAAGGAGCAGUGACCCGGUGCCCACCCCUCUGUGGCAGAGCAGCUGAGACACCGUGGCCCCUCCUCGGGGAGAUGGGCACCCUGGAGACCUUUGGACUUGCUGGCUUCCCCUCUUGGUGGCGAGCCCCCCGCGUCUCCCAUCGAAUCUUAUUUUGUAUCUUCUUCUGGGAACGGCCGGGGAAGGUGCCGUUCUGGGAAAUACAAUAAAACUGGCAAAGAAAAGAGAUCGGUGUGCGCA